AUGUGGCCGCCACCACUGCCCUGGCUUCUGGUGGGGAUGCUGCUGGCUGCCCGUUGCGUGGAGGCUGCGGCGGCGUCCCUUGCCCCUCGGAGUGCCGCCACUGCCUCCCCACGCCCCACGGAAGUGGUCGGCGGGGGUGCCACGCGAAGCGGCAGCAGCCGGCUGGCUGAGGUGUCGGCGCCGCCCGAGCAGGGCCAGCCUAUGACCCAGCGCGCCCUGUCCGUGCUGGUGCUGGCCAGCGCCGCCCUCAUUGUCUACUUCGUGAUCCGGACCGUGCGGCUCAGGAGGCGAAACAGAAAAACCCGAAGAUACGGAGUUUUGGAUGCAAACAUAGAAAACAUGGAGCUGACCCCAUUAGAGCAAGAUGAUGAUGAAGACGAUACAACACUAUUUGAUGCCAAUCAUCCUCGAAGAGAAGUACGUGCCUUUCAGUGAAAGAACUUAAUCUUAGAACCAGAGAAGGAGCCUGCUUCAUGGGAGGAAUAAGAAGCAAAGAGGGUAUGCAAGUUGGGGGGACUAAUUUAAUUUGUGUAUAUUAUGGCAUCCUUAAUUUGUUGCAAUAAGUACUGUACCAAUUUAUUGUACCUUUUUGUAUAUAGAGGAUUCUAAAUGUAAAGCCUACAGAGAGAGUGCACUGAAAUGAAAACCUAUUUGGAAGGGUGAUUACUUUUAAAACAGGGUAUUUUUUGUUUGUUACAAAUCUUGUAUGCCAUAAGUGUGGUAUACACUUUUUCUACAGUAAUCUGGAAUGUCGACAAAUUUUUUUGCUGAUACUAAAUUGUAAGUAAACGUAGCCUCUGUGGACUCCUCAGAAUUGUUAGAACUUUGUUUUAGUUGAGGAAAUGCUUUAUCCUUUACAAAUAAAAAUCCAAACUAC